AUGCGACUGGCAAGGCAGUACUCUCACUCAGCGGUAUUCCGCUAUAUAAGAAAUGUUGGAGGCAUUGACGAUUGGAAAGAGAUGAUUGCCACUAUCAGGGAUAUCGACAGCAUCAUCAAGGAUAAACUGUCAGCCGUUUCUAAUGAUACGGUGCAGGAUAUCAAACACGCGGUUUCAAAGCUCCACGAAAAGAUGAACAGUUCUCUCUUAUUGGCUGCCGAGGCACGAGAUGACACUGAGCGGAAUGAACGACUUCUUGACAGCCUGCCCCGAGUGGCCCGAGCAGCCUAUGGUUUCGAUCAUCAAGAUCACGGCAGUAGAUGUCUCCAAGGCACUCAAGUGGAGAUUCUGCAGAAGAUUCAAGAUUGGACAAACGAUCCAUCAGGCAAGCCAAUCCUCUGGCUACAGGGUAUGGCGGGCACAGGAAAAUCGACCAUUGCUCGAACCGUUGCAGCUGCCUUCUACCAUGGAUACGGGCUGAGCGAGAAGGAGCUCUUACCAGAUGAAGCCUGUCUCGGGGGCAGUUUCUUCUUCAGCCACCAAGACGUCAAUUGUCGCAAUCCCCAGAAGGUCUUUCCUACUCUCGUGAGAGAUUUGAUCCAAGUGCUUCCUGAAAUGAGAGACCUGGUAUGCGACGCGAUUGCAAGCCAUCACGACAUCCACGAGCAACCAUUACGAAGCCAAUGGCUACAUCUGGUUUUGAAUCCCCUGCAGACAUUGAGUAACAAGCUUGACUCGCCGGUAACAGUGGUGUUUGUACUUGAUGCCCUGGACGAGUGCGAGGACUCGGAGAGGAUAGGGGAGAUUCUAGGCUUGUUUGGACAAGCUCGGAAUCUGGAACCGCUGCAGGUACGAGUGCUUGCUACCAGCCGGCCUGAGAGAGAGCUCUUCCAGAAUGUCAAAUCCGGUCUGGAUAUUCGAGAUGAAGUGCUUUACAAGAUCCGCUCAUCAGAUGGAACUGAGGCUAGAAAAGAUGACAUUACCCGUUUUGUCGAGCACGAGCUGGAGAAUAUUCGGGCAAAGCAUGAUCAACAUCAAAGCUGGCCAGGAGAUGAGAGUAUACAGCGGCUUGUGGAAAAGGCAGAUGGGCUGUUCAUUUAUGCAGCUACUGCUUGCCGGUUUCUUUUGAAUGCCACAAAGCGAACUGUCAACAAUCGCUUGAAGGUCAUUCUAGAAAGCAGGCCAAACACCGGGAGAAUCGGGAGCAAUCCUCAGUAUAGUCUAGACGAAAUGUACACUCGCAUCCUGGAGAUCAACCUCACCGGUGAUUCUGACAAUGAUGAGGAUAUGUCGGCUCUCUUCAAAGCUGUCGCCGGUUCCAUUGUCGUUCUAUCCAAGCGCCUUGCCGUGCACACGUUGAGCAACUUAAUUGGAAUAGCGCAUGGGGAUGUCGAAUGGAUGAUAGAACACCUGUUAUCUGUUUUAGAAGUACCGGCUAAUAAGCAAGAGCCGGUCCAACUGCUACAUCUCUCCUUUCGGGACUUUCUGAUUGAUCCGCAACGUUGCCAGAAUCCCGUCUUUCAGAUUGACGAGAAACAAGCAAAUCACAGAGUCAUGGUGUAUUCCCUUCGUGUCAUGUCAGCAAGCCUCAAAAGAGACAUAUGUGGCUUGAAGAAACCUGGCACAAACAUCAAAGACAUUGAACCUGUUGUCUUGAGUAAAUGUUUACCAGAUCACGUGCAGUAUGCCUGUGCGCACUGGAUCGACCAUGGUCUACUGUGUGAGAUGAAUGAUGACAGAAUGUAUGACUUUUUAUCAAUUCAUUUUACGCAUUGGCUAGAAUCCAUGUGUCUUAUGGGUCUGGCCUCCAGAAUGAUCAUCUUAUUUGACAAUCUUCUGAAACACCCGGCCACCAGUCAACGAACACGUGACAUAGUCUGUGAUGCGAGGAGGUUUACUCUCAAUUUCAGGUCCAUCAUCGAGAACAAUCCAUUGCAGAUAUACGUUUCUGCCCUUCUUUUUGCACCGUAUAACACCCUCAUCCGGACCCUUUUCAAAAAGGAGAUUCCUCGAUGGAUAUCACAGCACCCUCAGGUCGGCCAGAGCUGGAGCCCGUUAUUACAAACAAUACAUGUUCACGGGAACUGUACUUUGCAGAAAGCCAUAUUCUCACCGGAUGGCAGCUUUAUGGCGGUCCAUUCAACUGACCAUUUCAGCGUCUGGGACACAGCUACAUGGAAAUGCCUGUUGGUGAUCCAUGCCGACAUCAAUUCUUUCCAAGACCUAGGCUUGUUGGCGAUUGACCCCUCCCUUAAUCAUAUCAAAGAUUUGUGCUUUUCACCAGACAGUCAAGAGCUGGUAGUGAUAUGGCUUGAUGAUACAGUGCAACUACUACAUAUAUACAAAAGCCAAUCAAUUUUUCUGGAGAGUCGUCACCCGAUGCACGGCCCAAACGCCCUCCUUCGAUUCUCUUCAGAUAGCGAAAAGAUCGUAUACGUAUCAAAUGGGGACCAGAUUCUGGUUUGGCAGAGAGAAACGGGAGAACUCGUUCAGAGGAUUCUGAUUGAGGUUGACCUUUGUCAAUAUUUGUCUGUAUCCAGAGAUGCUAAAUAUGUCGCAGUAGGCUACCUAAAUUGGGAUCAGGAAACGUCAGAGAGGUACAAUAGAGUCACUGUCUGGGAUGUCAGUACAGGAAAAGCUUUCCAUACCCAUGAGGCACCAGGCGUUUGUGCAGUGGCCUUUUCAGGUGAUGGAACUGCCUUGCUCUCUGCUCUAGAGAAUGGUGCCUUGAAUGUCUGGGAUUCUGCUACGGACGCCUUGCACUCGUGCCACACAGAGUCAAAGGGAACAUGGCAUGCUGUGUUCUGCUCCGAUGGCAAUACUGUCACUUCUUUUAAUCGCCAAGGCCAGAUCAUUUGGAACUGGACCACAGGAAGUUUGAGACAAAUACGAGCGUUCUCCAAGACCAUGGCCUACAUUGAAAGUAUGACUGACAAUGUUUUCACGCCCCAAGUCGUCCUCCCCUACAGUGGUAUAGAUCAUGAUAGAUGGGCAAAGAACAUUGAGAAUCUGGACGAUCUUAUAGGCCCCCAUAUCUUGUCCUUUCGAAGUAUCGCUCUAUCACCGGAUGGUAAGAUGGUUGCGACAAUGGGCAAGUAUGGGCAAUAUAUUCAAGUCUGGGAUACAACCACGGCAACAACGGUUGUGAAACCAGAAGGACACACCGGCAAGAUUUACAAUUUGUGCCAUUCUCCGGAUGGCACCUGGGUUGCAUCUGCUGGUGGAGAUAACACCAUCCGGCUAUGGGAUGCAAUGACUGGACUACAGACUCGAUGCUUCAUCUGCCCCCAUCGCCUCCAUCCACCACCUAGACUCGACAGCAGCCUGUUACGGAUAGCCUUCUCCCCAGACGGUAAAUAUCUUGGAGGUCUUACCAAAGACGGGGUUAUGCGAGUCUGGGAUGUACAGACAUGGGCAAUCACAGCUGAGAUUAUUGUCUGCCCCACCACGCAAAGACAUUUCCACGAGAUAGACAUGUCAAUCAGCCGAAACAUUGCUGCAAUCAAGUAUGAUCAUGUAUUUGAUAUCUGGAGACUAGAUCCGGCAACGCGUAUCGGUCAAGUCAAGACUGAUAGAGAAUACAGCUGGGUAAGGCUUUCGCCCAGUGGGUGCUUCUUCGUGGCGGGUACUGGGUUUUCGAGCCGCUUUCGCAUAUGGAAAACAGACACAGGGGAGCUGAUAUCGACAUGCCUUCAUGAAGACUCGCCAGACGGCAUCAUCUUUCCGGUAUUUGCACCAGAUGGUGAAACUUUGAUAUCUGCUUUGGAAAGCUCGAUAAAGAUAUGGGAGACACAGAGUGGGGAGUUACUGGCUGAAGCGAACUUAGAUGGGGAGAUUCAAAAAUUAGCCCUCUCCAAGGAUGGCAGAUGGAUCGUGACGGACCAAGGGCGGUUUCAAGUCGAAUCGAUUCUCCAUCCGUACCCUGAGCAGCGAAGGGAAGAGAAGAUGAAAGGGAAAGGCAUUUCCCUUCGGGAUGACUGGAUUAGGGAUGGAGAAGAGCCAAUCCUGCAUAUUCCUCCCGAGUACAAAAUGGAGGAAUUGUCCAUCUAUGAGAAUCACAUUGCGAUGGCUCAUUCAGAGAGGCUUUUCAUGAUUGGAUUUGAGGAGGGGGAAAAGGAGUUAUAA